UUUAAAAACAAUUCCUCACGUGGUUUUGUUAACCACGAAUUCUAUCAAAAACAACGAUAAAACAAUGAAUCUUUUACCAAAAGCAACCAAAGAAUUUGCUUCAAAAGAAUAUUGGGAUAAAUUUUUUCAAAAACGAAAAGAUUCAUUCGAAUGGUAUGGUAGUUAUGAGGAAAUCAAGACCAUAUUGUUGCAAUAUUUGAAGCCAAAUGAUAAUUUUCUUGUGAUCGGUUGUGGCAAUUCAACAUUAAGUGUCGAUCUUUUUGAUGAUGGCUACGAAAACAAUACUAGCAUUGAUAUCAGUCAAGUUGUUAUCGAUAAAAUGAUUUCAAAAUACAAAUCGAAUGGAAUCCGUUCGAAAUUACAAUUCGAAUGUAUGGAUAUGAUGCAGAUGCGAUUCGCAAAUGAAUCAUUCAAUAUUGUUCUUGAUAAAGGUACUUUGGAUGCUAUUUGUUCGGACAGUAAUAUUGAUAUUGACAAAUGUUUUACGGAAAUUUCACGUGUAUUGAAAUAUUUUGGCCGCUAUAUUUGUGUAUCGUUACUGCAGGAACAUGUAUUGGAUAAAUUACUAUCAUGGUUUACUGUCAAUCAGAAUUGGAUAUGUCGUAUUGAAAUGAUACAAUCAAAAUCAAAUGAAACAAAUGUUGUUGAUACUGUAAAUUUUCCAGUUUUUAUCAUAACCUGUUUGAAAAUGAAAGCAAAACUAUCCGAAACAUAUGUAGAAAUGGAUUUGAAUGGUGAUAGAAAAUUUAAAAAAAUUCAUAACAUUUCUGAAGUAGCCUCCAUCAUAAAAUCAUAUCAACGAAUGGAAUUUCUUAAAUAUAUGGUUCGAAAUAGUAAAAUGGAUGAUGAAAAUUUUAAUAUUGAAUUAUUUGAUGAUUCCAACAACAAUGAUGAUUGUCGUUACAAGUUUUAUUUUGUACAACGAUCGAACAUUGUUAAAUCGAAUAAUAUGAUCAGGUGUUCGAUAUUCAUUGUUCCACAAGGUCGUGAACAUGAAUGGAUGUUUUCUACUGGUAAAGGUCGAUUAGAAUUACUGAAACAAUGCCGUUGUGAUCGUUUAGCUGUUGUAUUUUUAAGUCGUAAACAUCGUUAUGAAAAUAUGGAAAAAAUUCAAAAUGAAUUAGGCAAUCAAUUGCAAGGGUUUUUCCCACCAACAUCCGAAAAAAUUCUAUUUCUUAGUAUUGGUGAUGGUGAUAUUGGUGAACGUAAUGUCAUAUGGAAUGGUUAUAGUGAAUUUAAUGGUCAAAUGUUUGUCGAAGAUGUUUGUAUCGAUGGUAUAAUGUAUAGACGUUUAGUAUUUGCUAAUAAUCAUAAUAUUAUUCAAUCGGAAGCACGAUUAAAAAAAUGUAAACAAGGAACAUUUCGUUGUGAUCGAAAUUUUCUUUCAUGUGAUCAUCAUCAAUAUAUUGCUGCCGGAUUGGCCAUUAUCAACAGACCAUUCAAAAAUGUUUAUAAUCUUUUGAUGAUUGGUUUAGGUGGUGGUUGUUUCAUAGCUUUUCUUGCAAAUAAUCUACGUCCAUCCGAUGAUAUUGUUCUACGUAUAACAGUGAUUGAAAUUGAUCCAUUAUUGGAAGAAGUUGCUAAAAAAUAUUUUGAUUUUCAACAAAAAACUAAACAAAAUAUACAGAUUAAUAUUAUAAUCGAUGAUGGUUUACAUUAUUUACGAUCAAAAUCACAAGAUUCACAGAAUAUGGAAAAAUUUGAUUUCAUUAUAUUCGAUGUGGAUAGUAAAAAUAUCGAGCUUGGUGUUAGUUGUCCACCACCAGAAUUUGUCGAAAAUGAAUGUUUGAAUCAAGUACAAACAUUACUUAAUGAUGAUGGUUUUUUCAUUCUAAAUUUAGUUGCACGAAAUGAAGAUUUAAAACAAAUUAUUUAUGAACGUUUAAAGAAUUUAUUUCAAUAUCGUUUUCGUUGUAAAUUGGAUAAAGAUGUAAAUGAAAUAAUAUUUGUAACAAAUAAUGAAAAAUUAGAAUGGUUACGUAAUGAUUGGAAUUCAAAUAGCCGUUAUGAUUAUAUUAGAAAAUGUUGUUUUCAUAUUGAUUUAUUGGCUGAAACUUAUCGUCAAAUGUGUUCGAAAUUGUCGUUUUGUUAAAUUGGUAAUAUUCAUUCAUUUAUG